AUAUAACUAAUAUAAUAUAUAAUAAGAAGAAGAAGAAGACGUUCAACUUCAUUUUCUGUCGAGUUCAAAACCAAGGCAUCAGCUGUGGUUACCGUGCAAUCGAUUAUGGGAAGAAUUUGUGCGGUCAGAAACUGCGGGAAGAUCUCUAGAAAAAGGAGUUGUCAUCGGCUUCCUCUCAACACACCUAAAAGUCAUAGAGUCAGAAAGUUGUGGCUUUCAUUCCUCGGGUUCGACAUAAACACCCCAGUAAAUGUACUUCGGGAAGCCGACCAUCGCGUUUGCGCCUUUCACUUUCGGCCUGAGGACUACCUGAAAUCAACAAGUCAUCGAAAGAAGUGUCCGAAGAGACUGCAUCUGAAAAGGGCAGCUGUACCGACGCUUUGUGGACCAACGCUAGACGAAGAAGACCUCGGGGCUGUUGGCGGUGUGGUGGACCAGCCUUCUACCUCCAGCAUAUCCUUGGUCCUCACCAGUCCACAGCCACGGCCUCACCAAUCCAAUAAAUCCCCAAGGAAGUCCUUAUCUGGCAGUUACCUUGCUUUCCCUGUGAUCAGGGAGAGGCUCUCACUAUCUCCAGAUGAUUGUGAAACUGAGAUGCUUCAAAUGGACACAAGCAUUUCCUCAGUCAUUGAGGAUGACCCAAAAGACAUGAGCUUCAGCCUCAGUCAACAGUCAAGUUCAAGUGAAACCUCCAGUUCAAGUGCCUCAGAAGAGCAAGGGGAGUGGGAUGAAAGAAAAUGGAUUGUGAACGAGUCUAGCAUCAUGCAACUGUUUAGAACAUGCCAUAUAUGUGCCGCACAAAUCACUGAUAAAAAAGUGACAACUACAGGCAGCCAACUAAAGAUUGAAUGGACAUGUUUGAAUAAUCAUCAUGGCAAGUGGGCAUCAUGUCCUGAUGCAAGAGGAAUGGCACAGAAUAACUUGCUUGUUUCUGCUGCUACGCUUUUCUCUGGAACAACUUUCACUGAAGUACACGAGUGGGCCAGCAUCCUAAACUUGCAACUCUUGAAGAAAUCGCAGUACUACUCCAUCCAAUCCGACUACCUUAUUCCAGUAGUACACUUUGCAUACAAGGAUCAUCAUGAGAAUCUCAUUAGGCGACUUAUUAGACAAAAGGCUGAAGGCGAGUCCAUAGAGCUGUGUGGAGAUGCCAGGUCUGACUCACCAGGCUACAGCUGCAAGUAUUCCACCUAUUCGUUUCAGCUUCUAUCCAGUAAUGAGAUCAUUCACUUUCAACUACUACAGGUAACGGAAGCUAGCAGUUCAGUUGCCAUGGAGUCCCAAGGCUGUAGGAGGGGCCUCAACCAUCUCAUUUUCAAUGAAGGAGUAGAUAUAGACCUCAUCACUACAGACCGGGCCACAUCAGUUCGGAAAAUAAUGAGGGAGGAAUUCCAGAAUGUUCACCAUGAAUUUGAUCCUUGGCAUGUAUCAAAAGGCAUAAAGAAAAAACUGGUAGCACUCGCCAACAAAAAGGAAAAUCAGGUCCUGCAGGGCUGGAUUCGGGCGAUCCUCAAUCACUUUUGGUUCUCAUGCUCAUCUUGUGGUGAGAGUGCUGAGGAACUGAAGCGACGGUGGACCUCAGUCCUCCACCACAUCUGUGGGGAGCACACAUGGGAGCAAGAUGGAAGAAAGUGGGCAUGCCCUCACCCUGCUCUCAACCCAGAUCAGCAAAGGACAAAGCGAUGGCUCCAGCCAGAGUCUCAAGUGUUCAAGUCUUUACGGAAUAUUGUUGAAGAUAAAAGACUUCUGAAAGACCUUGAGCAGAUGACUCGCUUCAAACAUACAGGAUCUUUGGAAGUGUACCACAACGUUAUGCUAAAAUAUCUGCCGAAACGACUGCAUUUUCGGUACGACACCAUGGUAGCCCGAACACAACUAGCCAUCCUGGACAACAAUUACAAUGUCGGCCGACAGCAGACAGAGACUUCAGAAGGACUUCCAAGAUACAGUAUGGUGUUCCCAAAACAGAGCAAGGAAUGGGUAGCCAAGAAGAUCUAUGAGCCUACUAGUCAGUACUUCACACAACACCUUGUGAAACUCGUGUUGGAGAGAAGGGAGGAAAGAACACCGGAAGACAUUCCACAUGUCCAGCGGCCUGCAAACAUUGCCACUAAGGAGAGACCCCCCAAGGAAGAUUUAAUCAGGAAACAUCAAUCCAGAUUCCCUCGCCACACUGAUGUUUGAAAAACCAAGGAUCCAGAUUGUAAAUUUGUUUAUAUGUCAGAAUCAGAAUCACUUUUAUUACCCCUUAUUGUACAGUAGGCUACACAAGAGCAAAAUUAUUAGGCUUGGUUCCUC